GUGGGGCUCACCGCUCCCCACUUACCGGCCUCGCCCCUCUCGUGCGCGUUAAUGAGAUUAGCAAUUAAAAGGCGGGCGAGCAGCGGCCAGAGACCAGGCCAAGCCGAGGAGCAAGCGCGGGACAUGGAGAAGGCACGGCCUCAAUGGGGCAAUCCGCUGCAGUUCGUGUUCGCCUGUAUCUCCUACGCCGUGGGCUUGGGCAACGUGUGGCGCUUCCCCUACCUGUGCCAGAUGUACGGCGGAGGGAGUUUCCUGGUCCCCUACAUCAUCAUGCUCAUUGUGGAGGGGAUACCACUCUUGUACCUGGAGCUGGCCGUGGGGCAGCGCAUGCGGCAGGGCAGCAUUGGUGCCUGGAGGACCAUCAGCCCCUACCUGAGCGGUGUCGGUGUUGCCAGUGUGGUGGUGUCCUUUUUCCUCGCCAUGUACUACAAUGUCAUCAACGCCUGGGGCUUCUGGUACCUCUUCCACUCCUUCCAGGAUCCCCUGCCGUGGUCUGUCUGCCCACUGAAUAGUAACCGCACAGGCUAUGAUGAGGAGUGUGAGAAGGCUACGUCCACACAGUACUUCUGGUACAGGAAAACACUCAACAUCUCACCGUCCAUCCAGGAGACUGGAGGAGUGCAGUGGGAGCCGGCGCUGUGCCUCACCCUGGCCUGGCUCAUGGUCUAUCUGUGCAUCCUGAGAGGCACUGAAUCUACUGGCAAGGUGGGCUGGGCAUUGCGAUGGUGCUGGAUCUGCAUGGGUGGAUGA